UUUUUGGAUGCCCAGAGAGCAGUGAUCGAACAUUUCGCCAUGAAUAAAAACAAGAAAGAGAAGGAGUUCUACAGCCUCGACGUGGGAGACUCGACGUUCACGGUGUUAAAGCGAUACCAGAACUUAAGACCUAUUGGGUCAGGAGCACAGGGAAUUGUGUGCUCUGCUUACGAUCAAGUCCUUGAGCGAAACGUGGCUAUCAAGAAGUUGAGCCGACCCUUCCAGAACCAGACGCAUGCUAAGAGGGCAUUCAGAGAGCUCGUACUCAUGAAAUGUGUUAAUCACAAAAAUAUCAUCGGCUUAUUAAAUGUUUUCACACCCCAAAAAUCUUUAGAGGAGUUUCAAGAUGUUUACUUGGUAAUGGAGCUGAUGGAUGCCAAUCUGUGCCAGGUCAUUCAGAUGGAGUUGGAUCAUGAGAGGCUGUCUUAUCUGCUGUAUCAGAUGUUGUGCGGUAUUAAACACCUCCACGCCGCCGGCAUCAUUCACAGGGAUCUCAAGCCUAGCAACAUUGUGGUGAAGUCAGACUGUACUCUGAAGAUUUUGGACUUUGGCUUGGCUCGAACAGCUGCCACGGGUCUCCUCAUGACGCCUUACGUGGUGACGCGAUAUUACAGAGCGCCAGAAGUCAUCUUGGGCAUGGGCUAUCAAGCCAAUGUGGACGUGUGGUCAGUCGGCUGCAUAGUGGCCGAGAUGAUCAGGGGAAGUGUGUUGUUCCCUGGCACUGAUCACAUUGACCAGUGGAACAAAGUCAUCGAGCAGUUAGGCACACCAUCUCAGGACUUCCUCAUGAAACUGAACCAGUCUGUUAGAACGUACGUGGAAAAUAGGCCACGCUACGCUGGAUACACCUUCGAGAAACUUUUCCCCGAUGUUCUCUUCCCUGCUGAUUCCGAUCACAACAAACUGAAAGCGAGCCAAGCGAGAGACCUCUUAUCUAAGAUGUUAGUGAUCGAUGCCUCCAAGCGCAUAUCUGUAGAUGAGGCCCUACAGCACCCCUACAUCAACGUUUGGUACGACCCAGCUGAAGUGGAGGCGCCACCGCCCAAGGUUCUUGACAAACAGCUUGAUGAGAGGGAGCACACUGUGGACGAGUGGAAAGGGCUGAUCUAUAAGGAAGUGAGUGACUGGGAGGAGUGGUCCAAAAAUGGAGUAAUCCGCGGACAGCCAUCACCUCUAGGUGCAGCAGUGAUCGAUAGCCCCCCUCAACCUUCUGCCUCAUCCUCAUCUUCCUCCUCCUCCUCAGCCAAUGAUGUGUCAUCCAUGUCCACGGAGCCCACUGACCCUAGCAGCGAUCCCACGGUGACCUCGGAAACAGACAGCAGUCUGGAUAGCCACACCUCUCUCGGUGCUCUGGCGUGUUGCAGAUAA